AUCUGCUGCUGUAAGUGUGUGCACCAUCUCCUGUGUGCGUGGUUGGACAUAACAUCUGACUGCAGCAGGACAGCCACGCCGGAGGUCCUCCAGGAUGAUUGUAAAAAGAGCAUUAAAAGCAUCCCCGAUGGUUAAUGAGUCCUCCAACGUGAAAUUAAGUGUGAACAAUCAAAAAGAUGUCAAAAUGUUUCAAAUCUCUGGGGUAAUUUCAAUGCUUGGUUUUGUUGCCCUGAUGGCUGUUUACUUCAUGAGAGCAGACAGCACAGUUGAUCGUAAGGGAGAAGAAACAGUUGUCAGUGUUUACCAAGAGAUAAAGGAUGAAGAACUCUAUGAAGAUCUCCGGAGAACCACAGUAACUGAGGAGAACACAAAUAGAUCCAACGAUUCCUGCAGCUUUGAACUUGUGGAAAGCGUUCCUUAUGACUUAGCUUUUGAGAUAAAUAGCACUGCAGCCAAACCCUUGUACCGUGCCUGGAUGAACCUCCUUGAUAUAGCCCAGGAAGAAAUCCAUGUGGCUUCUUACUACUGGUCCCUUACUGGGAAAGACAUCAGCGUUAAUGACUCAUCUUCAAAGCAGGGUGAAGAAAUUCUGAAGAGAUUUGAGGAAUUACUUGCAGAGAAUGUCUCUCUGUACAUUGCAGCAAGUAUGCCAACUUUGGCUAUGAAUUCAACUGACCUUGAGCUUUUAGAGAGAAAAGGAGCUCAUAUAAAAAAAAUUGACUUUGGACGUUUGACAGGAGGAGUAUUGCACAGCAAGUUCUGGAUCAUAGACAUGAAACACACGUAUAUUGGUAGUGCAAAUAUGGACUGGAGGUCUUUAUCUCAGGUGAAAGAGUUUGGUGCUGUGAUAUACAACUGCAGCUGCUUAGCCAAAGACCUCUGGAAGACAUUUAAAACUUACUGGGAUCUUGGGCAUGAUGGUGCUACCAUCCCAUCUCCUUGGCCUCAAAACUAUUCUACCCACAUUAACAACUCUCGGCCUCUGGAAGUAGAAUUUAAUGGAACCUUGACAAAAGUCUAUUUUUCUGCUUCUCCUCCUGCAUUUUGUCCAGAAGGUCGCACCCAUGACCUCUUUGCUAUUAUCAGUGUUAUCAGUGCAGCACAUAAAUUUGUCUACAUUUCUGUUAUGGAUUAUUUCCCUACCAGCCGUUUUGUUCACCCAGAAAGAUACUGGCCAGCCAUUGACAAUGCUCUGAGACGUGUGGCUUUCAACUACAGAGUACAAAUUCGGCUUCUGGUCAGCUGCUGGACCCACACCGACCCAUCCAUGCUCCACUACCUGAGGUCCCUGCGUGCUCUCAACAACCCUCACACCCACAUGAGCGUCAGCGUGAAACUCUUCAUUGUUCCGGUUUUGAAUCACACAAAUAUUCCUCACGGGAGAGUGAAUCACAACAAAUUUAUGGUCACAGAUAAAGCAGCCUAUAUUGGGACUUCCAAUUGGUCAGAAGAUUACUUCACAAACACAGCCGGCGUGGGACUGAUUAUCAAGCAGAGCUCAACCAACCUGCAGAGAAGGCAACAGCCUGUCCAGGAACAAUUAAAAAGCAUUUUUGAGCGAGACUGGAAUUCCAAAUAUUCAGUGAAUGUGGAGGAUGUGCAAGGUCAGAAAGACUGCAACUGGAGAGACAGACUCUGAAGUGAACAGGAGAAUACAUUUUUUUAGGAAGAAAUACGUAUCUGGAUGUUGUUCCCUGUGCAAAAAGAGCAGCUUUCUGCUUUAUGGCUUUUAUCAGAGAAAUUUCUUCCUGGUGGUGUCCACACUGCCCGACAACAUGGGAACUUCUAGUAAUUGAGUCUCCCUUCCUACUCCCCCAGUGUGUGAUGCUUCCUUUGCUGUGUACCAUUAGCCCAUCUCAGAGUUAAUGAAAUGCACACGGUGUUGUAGCACAGUCUGUCUUAUAUUAAAGAGAACAUAGAGGGUAUGAUCAGAUCUGAAUGCACUGGAGAAGUACAUCGCUAUUGCUGUACUGUGCUUACUCAACCAUAAUGUUCCAUUAACAGUGUUUGCUUACGUGUGUUAAACAUUUUUCAAAUAAAGUCCUGGUCACUGUAAGAUUUGAGCAAUGCAAGUAAUCACAACAGCAAGGUCAGAUUUUUUUAAAGCAUUUAGGUACUCGUGGC